AUAUUCAAUUAUUAACAAGGCUAUCGAGAGAAUUAAUUAUUAAGAAGAUCGAUGGCGUGUAGAAAAUUCAGACGCGAUGAAAACAACAGAUUCAAGACUUUGGCUAGAUUGGCCAAUCAAAGAUUACAGGAAUUAAUGGAAGCAGAUGAGCUGAAGAAGAAGAAGAACAGAAACAAAAGAAAAUUCAGGAGCAAGCCUGUAUUUGAAAUCCCCGACGACUUCGUCGAUUGGGAAGUAGAAUACGAAGAACAACAAGAACAAGAACAAGAACAAGAACAAGAAGAAGAAUAUUCCGAUCGCAAGGCAUCGUCGGCCAAGAGAAGGAAGUCGUCGUCCAAUAAUAAUAGUCCGACGAAGAAGAAAAAAGAAUCCAGCGGAGAAGGGUCGUCGUCGUCACAGCCACCGCCGCGUCCUCUGCCGGAAGAAUUCAAGGAGGUGAUAAGAAGAUUAGCGCAAGGAGGAAAACGUGUAUCGGAGGAGAAGCUGGUUAUCGAAAAGGGAUUGUUCAAGACAGAUUUGGCUAAGGGAAACAACAGGCUGUCCAUCCCUUUCACGCAGGUUCUUGAUCAUACUUUCUUGACCGACGAGGAGACUCAUUUUCUUACGACACGCGACGGCAACAACAAGAUGAAUUUCAAAGAGGUCACGAUUAUCGAGCCCUCGUUGGAACUGGAGAAAGUGAAGCUGUGCAGAUGGGAUAUGAACAAGGCUAACGGCAAGAAUACGUCUUCAAAUUACGUAUUGAACGGAGCAUGGAGUAACGUUGCGCAGAGGAAUCAUCUUGAACCUGAGGAUGUGGUCCAGCUUUGGUCUUUUAGGAUCGAUCAGGAGUUGCAUCUUGCUCUUGUCAAGAUCCCACAUAAUAAUAAUAAUUAGGGUUUUU